CGAAGAACUCAUCAUAGGGAAUAACCCAGAAGCGAAUGGAGGCUAAUAUGAUUUUCGGGAUUUGCCAUUGCUUCCGGAGCUAUUCUUGGGGCGGUUUCGGGCCACCCGCCCAUUCGUUCGCUUUACACAACCCGGUCAAUAUGUAUAGUAAGCGGGAACGGGGGGUCGCAGGACUGAAACACAAGGCAGAGAAAGUGUCUCGGGUCGUGGCAACACAGUUUAAGGGUCCAAAUGUGGCUACAUCGUGGGGAUUGAAAUGUCCAAUGUGUCGCAGGACUGAUCUUGUUUGGUGGCGAAAAUUUCAGAAUAACAUCACCAGUUGGUCUAGCAAGUGUAUUGAUAGUUUUCUCCUUGGCAAUACAACGAAGCCCGGGUUCUCGACGUAGAAGCAAUUUGGUAAUACAACGCAGCGGCGACGACUUCAUAAAUCGCGACAUGGUGGCAGGUCUCUGCUCCAACCGCCCAGAAGGCUUCGGCCCGACGUCCAAGAUCACCUCCCCCCUCCCCACACAAUGCUUCUUCGAUGUAGUCCUAGCGCCCUUACCCACCUGGAUCUACCUCUGCAGUAUUCUGCUAUUUCUUAGCCCGGGCUGGUCCCGCAUCCCUCGACCUGCAUCCACGUCGUCUUCUCCCCGCCCUUGGGUCCGCCGCGUCCUGGCGAGCGUCUACUACUUCCUCAUUAGCGUCAUCGUGCUCAUGGAAUCUGUCGAGAUCGCGCGCCUCAUCAUAGCGGAUCUAGGGAUAGGGACGCUGCCGUUCGUCUACGUGGGCUGCCUGCUCGCUGUCUUGCUGCAGGCGACGGACGGCGGCUGGAGGAGACUCAGGGGCUGGUGGGCUGCGAGCAUUAUGUUUUGGACUGCUGGCGCGGUAGUUACGGCCCUUAAAUUCGUGGCGCUGACGAAAUUCACGGGGAUAUUGGCCCGAGAGGAGACCCUUUAUCCGGUGGAGCAUCAGUUCACGGAUUUAGUGGUACUGAUGAUCUUCUAUGGGUUCUUGGUCGGAGCCGAGGUGGCCAUGGUGGUUGUACGCCAGAAGUCAAUGUCGGGGGCAGCUGUGGAGACGCAGGGAGAUGUUAUCCAGUUGAGGGAGACUUUGGGGAAAUGAGGGGAAUUUUCGGUCGCAGGCUUCGCAUUUGCGUGGAGUUGGUAUUCUGCGGUGUUAUUGCGACGCCAUGGAGCUGGGAAGGGAUCGCCCAGUCGGGCAGCUUGGACAUUAGUAGUAUUGCGGCCAUCAGCCAUACAGAGAAGAUCAAGUUGCAAAACGCAUGGUAGUGAUAUAGAUGGCCAGCCAGCCAGAAGGCCGGCAUAUUCAAAUCACAUCCACAAGCCAGUCGCUGGAGUGUUUCGUCACGUCACUAAAAACCGUUUACACCUAUGCUCCGUUUUGAUCUGGCACAUGAGGAAGGCCAUCCUAUCAUCAGGAGGCCGAGUCGAGACCGCAUAUCAAAGCCGCUUCCAGUUGGUGCAGCGUGGCAGCCCAAAACAUAGCGUGGUAGAACUUGAGACUGAUUAAAGUGAUCGAUACGGACUUG